AUGGCGACUGUGCAUCUGAGAAUCGGAGACCUAGUGUGGGGGAAACUUGGCCGCUAUCCACCGUGGCCCGGAAAGAUUGUGAGCCCACCCAAGGAUUUAAAAAAGCCAAGGGGCAAAAAAUGCCAUUUUGUGAAAUUCUUUGGAACUGAAGACCAUGCAUGGAUCAAAGUGGAACAGUUGAAGCCCUAUCAUGCCCACAAAGAGGAGAUGAUCAAGAUAAACAAAGGCAAACGCUUCCAGCAGGCUGUAGAUGCAGUGGAAGACUUCCUUAAAAAAGCAAAGGGGAAAGAACAGAACUCUGAAGGUAAAGGAGACUCCAAAGGAAAGAAGACUCCUAAGAAGCCGCUUAAAAUACUGGAUGAGGAUGAUGAGGAUCUCAGUGCCUUGAGGGACCCCUCUGAGAAGGACUUAACUGACUCUGACCCCGAGCCGUCCACUAUUGAGAGGCUGGGGGCUGUUCCUGGAUUCAAAUGGGAAAGCAGUCCUGUGAAGGAUGAUCCACAUUUUCAUCACUUCUUGCUUAGCCAGUCUGAAAAGCCUGCCUCGUCCAUGGAACCUAUAAGCAAGCGCUUGAAAAUUAUUGAAGAGGACACUGCAUCAACCUCCAUUCAAGCUGCAGACAGCACGGCUAUUAAUGGCAGCAUCACACCCACAGAUAAAAGAAUAGGGUUUCUCGGUCUGGGGCUGAUGGGCAGCGGUAUUGUUUCCAACCUGCUUAAAAUGGGUCAUGUCGUCACAGUGUGGAACCGCACAGCAGAGAAGUGUGACCUGUUCAUUCAAGAAGGUGCUAGACUGGGCCGAACUCCUGCUGAAGUGGUUUCAAUGUGUGACAUCACAUUUUCUUGUGUCUCUGACCCAAAGGCUGCCAGAGAUUUGGUAAUGGGUCCUAGCGGAGUGCUGCAAGGAAUUAGGCCAGGAAAGUGCUAUGUAGAGAUGAGUACAGUUGACCCACAGACCAUUACAGAACUCUCACAGGUUAUCACUUCGCGGGGUGGACGUUUCCUGGAAUCUCCCGUGGCAGGAAGCCAACAGCUUUCUAAUGAUGGAAUGUUGGUCAUCUUAGCAGCAGGUGACCGAACGGUUUAUGAGGACUGCAGCAGCUGCUUUCAAGCCAUGGGAAAGACUUCCUUCUUCUUGGGUGAAGCCGGAAACGCAGCCAGAAUGAUGCUUAUCCUCAACAUGGUGCAGGGCAGCUUUAUGGCCACCAUUGCAGAAGGACUCACUCUGGCCCAGGCAACCGGCCAAUCACAGCAGACCUUCCUUGACAUCCUAUGCCAGGGCCAGAUGGCAAGCACCUUUGUGGACCAGAAAUGCCAAAAUAUUCUACAAGGCAACUUCAAACCAGACUACUAUUUGAAGCACAUUCAGAAGGAUUUAAGGCUAGCCAUCUCCAUGGGUGAUAUGGCUAACCAUCCAACCCCGAUGGCUGCAGCUGCCAAUGAGGUGUACAAAAGGGCCAAGGCACUGGACCAGUCAGACAAUGAUAUUUCUGCAGUCUACAGAGCCUACAUUCAUUAG